CACCCCCCACCCCCGACGUCUUCUCCCUUCCAUUCCCUUUUGUUUCCCUAUUUCCUCCUUCGCUUCUUCACAUUCUUCUUCUCCUUCCAUUCGCCAUCCGGGAGGAAGAGCAAGAAGCUCUAGGGCUCGUCGGUGGAGCGCUUGCGAAUCCAUCCGCGGAUCUACGUUUCCCUUCUCCUUCCUCCUCUUCCCCAACCCUGCGAUCCCUUCUCUUGUUUUGGGUCGGAUCUUGAUCUCCCAGGCCGUAACAUUUCCACCGGGUCCGUUCUGGUCCCUUUUCUUUCCUCGUUAUUUCUUGCUGUUUGGAAGUUGGAACAUUCACUCGUAGUCGUUUUGGAUCUGGCCUUGUCUUGAGCUAUGUCCUUCUUGUGUUGUUGCAUUGAUUGAUUGAGGUUUUCCUUGGAGGAUGGGAUUUGUCGCCGUCGGGCGUGUUAUUUGAUUCGAGAUAUUUGUGCAUGAACGCGAGUUUGAUCUGACAACUGGUUAGUUUUUUUUGGACGAUCACUUGCAAAAAGAAAAAAAGAUUCUGAAGAGAUAGCAGCAGUGUUCUUGGUCAACAAGGAUCAUGAAAAAAGUGUUUGGUCAAACUGUUCGCGACCUGAAACGAGAGGUGAACAAGAAAGUUCUAAAGGUGCCUAACAUAGAGCAGAAGAUUCUUGAUGCAACCAGUAACGAGUCUUGGGGACCACAUGGAUCACUUCUGGCAGAUAUUGCACAGGCAACCAGGAAUUACCAUGAAUACCAGAUGAUCAUGAAUGUGAUAUGGAAGAGGAUCAAUGAUACUGGAAAAAACUGGCGUCAUGUUUACAAGGCACUGACUGUUUUAGAGUACCUAGUAGCACAUGGAUCUGAACGCGUGAUUGAUGAAAUAAGGGAGCAUGUCUACCAAAUAUCGACUUUAUCUGAUUUCCAGUAUAUUGAUUCAAGUGGAAGAGACCAGGGAAACAAUGUCAGGAGGAAGUCCCAGAGUCUUGUGGUUCUGGUGAAUGAUAAAGAGAGAAUAUACGAACUUAGGCAAAAAGGUGCUGCUAGCCGGGACAAAUAUCGAGGUGCAGGUUCAACUGGUAGGCCUGGAGGCUACAGUGACCAUUGUGAGGAUGAUCGUUAUGAGAGUCGCAAUGCUAGUAGAGACGAAGAUCGAUAUGGUAAUGGAAAAGAAAGAGAAUGGGGAUAUAAAGAUGAUGAUAGAUACAACAGAGACAGGGACUCAUAUGGUCGAGAGGGAGAUCGGAGUAGUGUGUAUUCUGAUGAACAUCAUGGCAGAGAUGGUUUUAGAGAUGAUGAUUCUAGAGGAGGUCAUGGUAAUGAUGAUUAUCAAGAUGGUUCAAGAAACCGAAGCAUCGAUGAUGAUGACCGGUAUUCAUCUCGAAGUGGUGGUGGCAGAAGUGAUAGUGUUCCACCAGAGGAAAGGCAGCUGGAACGUAGGCCCUCUGAGCAGAGUAUUAGCGCACCACCAAGCUAUGAAGAAGCUACAAGAGAUGCUCAAACCAAUAUGCAAGAAGCUAGCCCCAUUGUUAGGAAUGGUGAUGAAUUUGUAGCAACUGCACCAAGAGCGUCUUCACCUCAUGCACCUAAACCAAGCUCUCCUUCAGAAAGCACAACCCAAGGUUCUCCUUUUGCACCAACAGAUGGUUCUCCUUUGAAAAGUACAAUCCAAGGUUUAGGCCAUGCCCCAGUAGGUGCAUCUGCAUCAGCAAACAACACUGACAAGAAUGUUUUUGAAGAUUUUGAUCCACGUGGUUCAGUGUCAGUUGCUUCACCUGCAGUUGGCCCACCUGCUGCAAGUAGUCUGGAGAUGGACUUAUUUGGAUCAGCAUCAGCAUUGGAUUCUAUUUAUUCAUUGGAUAUGAUGCCUUUGCCUACGGCCACUAAUGGUACUGGGGUUGAUCUUCCAACAAAUUCAGAUCUUGGGGCAGAUUUUAUGGUGAUGUCAUCUGGUGCAAUGAGCCAGCAUGGUGAGAAUCCUUUUGGUGAUCUUCCUUUUAUAGCUAUCCAUGAAAAUUCCUCCAACCAGCUAGAGAGCUUUGCACAUGUCACUUCCUUCAACUCUUCAAUUUCCACUGGAGGUGCUGAAAUUUUCCCACCUGAAGCUUCCGAGAUACAAACAGCCACAGACUUUGAUUUUGAUGCUGCUUUUGGUGUUACAUGCAAUCCUCCAUUGGAUGGUCAACAAAGCUCUUAUGGAAGUCCAGCGAUUUUGACCCAGGAAGCUCCUCUGACUCAGGCAAGCAAUGAUAUUUCAGGGAUGCUUGCCACACAAACAGGAUCAGCAGCCCUUAAUCCCAUGCAGGAAGCUCAACCUGCAGCACCAGCAGAUGCACAACAAAAUAUUAUUCCCCAGUCAGGUCCACAAGCUCCAUUUGCAUUACAGACAACUCAUUUUCCUGCCCAGGAUGCUCGUCCUAUUACUCCAACAAAUAAUCAUGCUGCCCAGGCUAGGGAUGAUAUUUCUGGUGUUUUUGCCACACAAACAGGAUUGGCAGCUUAUAUUCCCAUGCAGGAAGCUCAACCUGUAGCACCAACACAUGGGCAAGGAAAUCUUAUUCCUCAGUCAGGUUCACCAGCACCAUUUAUGUUAGAGGCAGCUCGUCCUAUAACACCAACACAUGGACAAGGAAAUCUUAUUCCUCAGUCAGGUCCACCAGCACCAUUUAUGUCAGAGGCAGCUCGUCCUAUUGCUCCAAUAAAUAACCAAUCCACCCAGUUGUCAGAGGCAGCUUAUCCUAUUGCUCAAAUAAAUAACCAGUCCAUGCAGUUGAAUCUUCCUUCGCAGCCCGGCCCUCAGGCUCCCACUGCCUUAGAAGUGACUCCUGCUCCAUCAGCUUUACCACCUAUAAGAACAGCUGAAUCAAAGGAAAAGUUUGAACCCAAAUCAGCAGUCUGGGCUGACACACUGAGUCGAGGUCUAGUGAAUCUGAAUAUAUCAGGACCUAAAAUCAAUCCUCAUGCGGAUAUUGGCAUUGAUUUUGAUUCUAUGAAUCGGAAGGAGAAAAGAAGAGAAGAUAAGAAGGUUUCUACAGCACCGGUAUCUAUCACCACCAUGGGCAAAGCUAUGGGAUCUGGCUCCGGCAUUGGACGUGCUGGUGCAAGUUCCUUAGCGGUCCCUCCAAAUCCCAUGAUGGGCAAUGGUAUGGGCAUGGGCAUGGGUGGAAUGGGCAUGAUGGGUGGUGCUGGUAUGGGAAUGGGCAUGAUGGGUGGUUCCGGAAUGGGAAUGGGCAUGAUGGGCGGUGCCGGCAUGGGGAUGGGGAUGGGGAUGGGUGGUUAUGGUGGAAGCAUGAAUCAACCUAUGGGCAUGGGGAUGAACAUGGGAAUGAACCAGGGAAUGAUGCCUCAACGACCGCCGAUGGGAGGCCCGCUGGGUGGAAAUGGUAUUCCUGGGGCAGGCUACAACCCCAUGAUGGGCAUGGGCAACUAUGGAUCUCAGCAACCAUAUGGUGGUGGAGGUGGAAGUGGAUAUAGCAGAUGAAGAAAUCAUCCUCUCCAAGAGUACAAAAUGGGUAUCUCUGAUGGGAUUCUUUUGAGCAUUACAAGUGGUCUUGGUGUACGAGUAUGGGCUUUCAAAGGUGGUGUUGUAGGGGGUUUGAUCAUUCUCAGAUGAAUCCUUUUCUUGUGAAUUUUGGCUGAAGGAUUAUUUCAACAUUCUUGCUGAAAAUAUAAAAAUAAAAUAAAGAUUCAUCUUUCGUUAUUUCAAUUGAAAUAUUAUUUGAACACUGCUGAUUGAAGCCUGCUGGAAAUCAAGUUCAGAGUUAGCGUCUACCUCUUUGGACUAUUUUCUUUUGUGCUCAUUUUUUCGUGAGUGUAUUUAAGAGUUUGGCAAUUAAAUAUUUUCAUGUUGUAAAAUGCACCAUUUGGGCACAUGAAUAUUUUCAUGUUGUAAAAUGCACAUUUUGGGCACAUGAAUAUAUGCAUUUAGGGGUGAUCCCCAAAAGACCA